UCCACUUUAACCAGUGGGGAUUCACACAUUUGCCAUUCUCUGGUUAUAGUAUAUUUAUUGCCACUACUUCUACGUCAACCCUAUCGGGUUAUUUUGUCGUUUCCGCAGUGAUUAGGCCUGCUUCUUAAAUUCCCACGGAUGCGUUUGCGGAGGAUUACUGACUCUUUCUCCACUGCGUGGAGUCGGGGAUACAUAAAGCGUAGUAUGGUGGUAUAUUUAGCACGGACAUCACCAUUUUAUAUUUCCCCCUCGUACCACCCCUCGAAUAUUCUCAAACGAUCCCAGUUGGUGACCGACAAUCAAUUCGAAUAUUAUUUACAGUUAUUUUUUGCCUCAUCUGUUGGAGUGAUUUACGAUUGGGCACUGACAUUUGGACAAGAGGUCGAACUGGUCUGGAAGAAACGCUGGUCACUCAUGACUGUGUUAUGUCUCAGUGUUCGCUAUAGUGGGAAUACUCUACGCUGCCAUCAAUAUGCUGAACAAUCUUCCGUCACUCUCGCUGACAGAUGUAGUCGUAUAAUCUACACAAUAAACUGGAUGCAUGUGGUUGCAAAUGCCAUGCUGGGCGUCAUCAUGAUCGCUCGGUUACAUGCCAUGCAUCAACGAUCCAGAAAGAUGUUCAUCUUUCUCAUCGUCAUCUUCCUGGCUGUCAACAUUCCCUGCGGGGUGAUCGCCGGAAUAGACACGAUGUAUGUUUCAGGAGGAACCACCAUGACCACGAUUGCUUUCGAAGAGCGCGUCCAUAUGUCAACUGGCAGUGAUAUGUAGGACGCACUUGCCGGGUAUCCUGCAGGGGGCGGGAAAAUCUUGUUUUAAAUGUAUACUAUAAUUGAUAUAUCCAAGAUCGCCCUUCGAGUAAAAUCCAGGUACAUUAGAGGAAAUGACGGUGGAGGACAAAAAGGUCGGGCCUCGCCUACUCGCCGAAAGAUAAUUAGCGCGCAAUGCCGCCAAGUAACACAUGGGACCUUGACUCGGAGACCUAAGUAUGUCAUUCCCGUCGCUUGUACGGAACCGUAUACAAACAUCGAGCCAAGAUUCUCAAGACAAACAAG